CCCACAAGAACGUUCCGCUGCUACGCCUCAUGUAUAAUCUUAGGUACUAGUUUGAGCCUGAAUCCCCAUGGAAAGGGGGUUCUACUUCUUGCGCUGCUACGCCUCAUGUUUUGUUUACACUUGUCUCAUUCUCUUGCUUCUCUUCACUUAUAUCACUCGUCAUCAUCUUCACUUGUGCUCCUCCUCUCGAGCUCACCGCUGUAACUCUUCCCUUCUGCAUUCUUCCAAAGAUUUCGCCAUUCCCAAUGCGACCACCGCGAACAAUACUCGGCCUCCCAGAGUAGCGAGUCAUUUGCAGAGUGUAGAAUAUGGAUUGGCAAGGGCUCGGUGGGCAAUACGAGAAGCUGCUCGAACACGGUCAUAUGCUUCUUUCAUUGACGAUGGGGACUUUCUUCCCACUGGAUCUCUCUACCUAAACCCUUACGCCUUUCAUCAGAGUCACAGAGAAAUGGAGAAGCGUUUCCGAAUAUGGGUGUACAAGGAAGGAGAGGCACCCAUAUUUCACAAUGGACCAUUGAAUGAUAUAUACUCCAUUGAAGGGCAAUUCAUGGCUGAGUUUGAAAGUGGGCAGAGUCCUUUUCUAGCCAAGGACCCCCAAGAGGCCAUCUCUUUCUUCCUACCAGUUAGCGUCGUUAAUAUCGUGCUUUACGUCUAUAGACCUUACAUCAAUUACUCUCGUCUUCGUCUUCAGAGAAUCUUCCGAGAUUACAUACAUUUGGUAUCUCACAGAUACCCUUUCUGGAAUCAAACCAGAGGCGCCGACCAUUUUAUGCUUUCUUGCCACGACUGGGCACCAGAUGUUUCGGCGGCCAACACGAAGCUUUUCAGGAACUUGAUUAGGGUUCUCUGCAACGCCAACACUUCAGAAGGGUUUCUACCCACGAGAGACGUGCCAUUGCCAGAAAUAAAAAUCCCGUACGGAGGAUUGGGUCCUCCUUACAUGAGCAAGCCUCCAAGCAACAGGACCAUUUUGGCCUUCUUCGCCGGUGGAGCUCACGGCGCUGUAAGAGAAACGCUCUUCAAGUAUUGGAAAGACAAAGACGAAGAUAUUAAAGUUCACGAGUAUCUUCCUAAAACAGAAAACUACAAUGAAUUGAUGGGAGAUAGUAGGUACUGCUUGUGCCCUAGUGGAUAUGAAGUGGCGAGCCCUAGAAUUGUUGAGGCUAUAUACGCGGCUUGUGUGCCGGUGAUUAUAUCUGAUAACUACGUGUUGCCAUUUAGCGAGGUUCUGAACUGGACGCAGUUCUCGGUUCACAUUCCAAGUUCAAAGAUAGGAAAUAUCAAAGAGAUAUUAGAAGGGAUUUCAAUGGAAGAGUAUUUGCAGAAGCAAAAGAAGGUGAUAGAAGUGCAGCGACAUUUUGUGGUGCAUCGGCCAGCCAGGCCAUAUGAUUUAAUGUACAUGGUGAUGCACUCCGUGUGGCUCAGGAGGCUUAAUAUUAGGCUCCCACUGUCGUAACUCCAUCUCAAUUCGAUUAGACUUUGCUCAAUUCCUAGUACUGA